CCAUGUGUUUGAUCUUUACUCACCUGACCGAGGUCUGACAGGAUAAUUCAUCCAGUAUAGCUUCAAACAUGAAAACAGAAAAGAAGCCCAGCGAACCAAGUUGCGUACCAACCACUGUUGUCAAAGAGGAACCUGACGCAGACCCAGUUAAAAUCAAAGAAGAAGGCACCGGAGGUAACAAUGAUGAUACAACAGGAGAAGACACUACAGAGUGCUCUAGGGAUCCUUGUUUGGACCCUUCCAAUGGGGAAGGUGCAUUGUCCGGAGAGAAUCAAAAUAAUAGUGCAAAUCAACCAAUUCUAAACUCAGUGAAGCAAGAAGGUGAUCAUAACAAUCCCACAGAUGAUAUACCUGAUUGUAGUGGUAAUGUGAUUACCGCAGAUGGUAUUCAACCAUUAGUUAGUAAUGUUCUUGGAAAACAGAUGGGAACUAGCACAGGAAGCGGUGAAGCUCAGUAUAUGCAACAGCAAAGUCAAAUUUUUGUAUUUUCUACAACAUUAGCAAAUAAAGGUGCAGAUGCAGUGAUGCAAGGACAAUAUCCAUCAAUUAUUGCUUAUCAUUGUGCACAACCUGGCACUAAGAAGUAUCUAGAGAAACAUCCAAAUAAAGUAAACCAAUUUCGUCAAAAUCCUGCACAAUGGUUAAACAACCUUGCAAUGAUGAAACAAAAAGGUCAUCAAGGAGGUACAAACAAUACUUUCCAAAAUGAGCAACCUCCUGAUCUACCGGCUCUUGAUCCUAAUGCUCCUCCAUUCUGGAAUGAACAACCUAACCUUAGGAACUUAAAUGGUGGAAAUACCCUUGGUAAUUCUGAACCAUCAUUGGACGAUGCAAAUAUAGAUGUGCCUUGUCUUGUACCAAAUUCACCUGGUAACUCAGCAAAUCCACAACCUCCUAAUAGUACUACGAUGGGCCAUAGUCCCAAUUUAUUAGGAGGUACAACCAGCCCAGGCCCAGGCAGUUUACAGCCAUCACUGCAAGGUGUCAAAGUUCCAGACGAAAAUUUAACUCCGCAACAAAGGCAACAUCGAGAAGUUCAAUUAGCAACCAUUAGGAAAAUGCAAAUGAUGUUAUUUCCUGAGCACAAGGAAGAAACCGCUAAUACUCUAGACACGACGCAAGGAACAGCGGUAUCGACGUGUCCUCCAACGAACGUUCCUUCAGUUGUACCAACUCAAUGUCCUCCAACUAUGGAUUGGCAUAAAUUGCAACAUCAGUUUCUUGAUGGAAAAAAUAAGGCCAGUGUUGGAAGUCCUGGAACUGGAGUCUCAUUGCGAGGUGCUAAUAUGGUUGGGGUCCCGCGUAGUCAAGGGCCACCACCGCCGUAUCAUCAAACAACGCGAUCUGCGAGUGUGCCAAUUGCGAUACAAAGCCCAAACCCUUCUUCACCUAAUAAUCCAACCAGCAAUUUAUCCCUACCGUCACCUCGCGCAAGUUCAGCUCUAAAUUCACCCGCAGACUGCAAUAGACAAUUUCAAAUCGGUAAUCAGAGAACCAACCAUCUACCAGGACAAAGUCCGACGAGUCAAGACUCUCCGAAUCCGACAGUUGGAAAUGCAACGGCUGUAUCAACAACGAGACUUAAUCAUAGUAAUCCGGGAACGCCUGUUUCUCAUUCGCACAUCUCAACGCUUAGUCCUAGUGGAACAACUGCUCAAAAAGAUUCAUCUUUAGAUUUCUCCACCAGUCAGCCUCCAAAUGUGGAUGGUAUGUUUUGCCGCACGCUGCAAUCCUUAGCCCAGCAAAAGCAGCAACACACUGGGGCAGUGAACGCAGCGGGUGUUAAGGAAGCGAAUCUGAUGCCGGUUCCAAGCCCUCAGCAAAUUCAGUAUCUUAAUACCUUCGAGGGACAGGAACUGACUAUACAGAAACAGCCAAAUACGAGCCUAAAGGAUGGCAAUUUAUCUACGAAUACGGCCAGCAAUACAGAGAUACCAAACAGAAUUCUGCCAGGAACUUUGGACAACAGCAAUCAGUUUCCUGCUAGAUCGGAAGGUGCAAGUCCAGUUCAAAUGGAUAGCAUGAAUCGUGGGUUUACAGGCUCUUUACACAGUCCACAUACUCCUCAUACUCCGCACACACCAGGCAAUGGUGCUCCGCAUACUCCAGUUGAUCCUGGAAAACCCGGAAAUAAGUCUAGUGCAAGUGCACAGAGUAGUCCAGCACCGCAUAACACGAAUAUACCAGAUAGUAUGGGUCCUCCAAGAACAGUACCAGCGUCACCUACUACGAAACCCGACACAUCUCCGCCAUCAACGAAAGAUACUCAGCAACAACAAACUCAGCCCCAACAGCAGCAACAGCAACAGCAACCACAGCAACAAUCGCAACAACAACCACAACAACCUCCUCCACAACAACAACAACAACAACAACAACAACAGUCUACAAAUCCAAGUCUUACAAAUCCAAGUAAUUCUGGAAACGCAACGGUGGUACCUUCUCUGGGAGGUCCAAGCGCCUCCUUCCCUUGCGGUAGACCAUCUGUGAACGUGAGUCAACCUUCAGACAAUGUGCCUCUUAAUCCCAACAAUAUCGGAGGGCGACUCGGCAGUUUAACCGCAAUGAGUACAAAUCACUUUGAUCCCAUAACUUCCUUAGCUCAGAUGAGUCAACAACUUACUAAUACGGCAGCUAGCAAUUCAUUAGGAAACGAAGGACCUAUUCAUUCCGGGAACACCGGGAUGAUGCAGUUCGGGAAUCCGCACAGUAUGCACAUGAUGCAAAUGGGUGGCGAAAUGAAUGGAAGUUGUCAUAUGGGUGGUCCGACCAGUGAACAGGGCGAAGUAGGAGGAAUGUGUAUGAGUUUGGCAGGACCACCAACGAGUUAUAGCCCGACAACUUCACACACAGGAAGUCCCGGUGUACCUAGUAAAAUGGGUCAUCCUAUCAUGGGCCAUGGUAUGAUGAGUAGCCAUUCAGGUAAUGCGACAGGAGCAUAUCCUGGUGGCGAUCCUCAUGCACCGCCGCCAAGAUUAAUGACAGGUCAUGUGACUGGCCCUAGUCCUUAUAACGGAGCGAAUGUUCAAGUAAAACCUAGUGCUCCAAACACGAUACAAUAUCUACCAGCAAGGCCCAACGUCGGUCAUACGCCAAGAGGACCACCAAGUUUGGACUUCCUUCAACGAUUCACGAAUCCCUUGUCUAAUUUAGAAUCAAAGAUGGGCACACCGUCUGUAAAUCUUCAGUACUUCCCAAACGGUUGUGUACCGAACAGUAUGGGCCCGCAUACUGGUAUGCCAUCAACCAUGAGCGGUGGACUUCCUGGCAUGGGAGGCUCUCCAAGGAUGGACGGACAAUCGAUGAACACAUCAGUUGGUGUACAUCCUUCGAUGAGACCUGUCGGCAAUAUGAGACCUCAGCCUAAUUUAAUGCGAAUGCAACACAUGGUUGGUGGUGGCGUCUUUCCAGGCGGUUCAAUGGAUCCAGAUAAAGUCUUCCCACCUGACAUGGUAUCACAAGUUCCCAGUCAACCGAAUCCUGGUAUGUACGUAUCCGGCAGCAAAGGCAGCCCAAUGGGAUUAGGACCUCCCCCGGAUGCGACACAGCCAUUACCUCCGAGCAUGGGUGGUGCUACUAGUAAUUUCAAGAACAGCCCUUUCGUCGGUAGUGGACCUAGUAUGUCGGAUCCAAAUUAUGCUCAACAAUUCCAUAACUUCCAGCAACAACUUUACGCUACAGGGACAAGGGGUAGCGGUCCACCACAUCCUACUUUACAUCCGCCGCCAAACUCGCAUUCGCAUCAGCAGUUCUUUAUGCCGAAAUAAAACUAACGUGUAAGCUGUCUGAUCGAAGAUAGACGUCGCGACGACGAUGAUUUAUGAUUGUGGUGGCCUUUCUGUGUCCUUUUCGACAAUUGCGUUUAUUAAUCCGAGGACAAUUAAUCCGAUCAUAACGAACGAACACGAGUUUUUCGGAUAAUGUAAAACUUUAUAUAAAAAUUAUUGCGCGCGAUCUUGUAAAGGACAAAGAAGUCGAAUUUGUUAAGGUUCUAAUGUUGAUGUGAUUAUGGAGAAUAAUUAAUAGUAACACCAUUUUUCGCGGGAUGGUUUAUCGUGACUGGCGGUAACGAGAUUUCUCGUCCAAUUCUUUAUUUACGGUGUUGUUUAUGUAUGUGUUAUUAUAUCGAUAAGCGUUUUAUUCUUAAAUCACGACAUUAAAAAGCCAUUUUAAUGUCUCUCGCGACUCCAAAAUCUGUUCCAUCGUCUUAGAGGAUAUCGUUUUCGUAUCAGAAUUCUCUCUUUCUCUCUCUCUCUGUAAAUUGGAAAUAUUACGAAUGUCACGUGGCGUUGCGUGAUUUAUGUAAAUACUAAUGUAAAAUCUGAUUUUUCUUCGUAGUAAUCGUUAUUUCGUCGAUCGGAAUAUACGGUGAUCGUUGCUAGAGACUUUUGUGGAUCAGGAGGAACGAGAAAUGAAAGAAAGAACAUAAAAACAAAGAUGGAUAUGAAUGCGUCCCUUCUUCCUUUUUAUUCGAACAAUUGCUCGUGAUAAAGUAAUUGUGCGAGAAUUAAUGAAGUAUUCGAAGGAACGACAUGAAGAUACGCCGGUGAACAAUUCAUCCUUCCUUUUAUCACUAAAUAAUUAAAAAAAAACGCAGUCAAGCAAGCUCAAAUUCAUAAUUGUACAUAUAUACGAUAUGUAUCCCUGUUGCAACAUACUCCUUAAAACAGUAUCGCCCGUCCCUUUUAUUCCCUUCACCGAUUCCUCCUUGUGACCAACACUGUGCAUAAUCAUGACCCUACGUAGUGUAAUAAUUAUAAGAAAAAAGAAUAAUUGACUAAGAACAAUUAUGUUGUUGAUGAAUGAUUUUUAUUAUAAAUGAAAAAUAAAGAUAUUUACAAGAA